GCUGAAAAACAUCUGCAACAGCUGUGCGGCUGAUUCCAGACCAGCGUCCUGCUGAACAGCGGAGAAUACACACACACACACACACACCACCCGGAGUACACACAUCAUCACACACACACAGCCGCGGAGCUCCCGACACAUCACCGCGUCCUUUAACUAUUUGAACUUCAGAUCAAGGCUGAGGCUCUUCAUGGUCACCCACAGGAGUGCUUUGAAAUUAUGGGAGACCUCAAAACACAGGAGGCCACAAGGGCAAAAGAGGACAGUACCACUGUCUGGUCUGGAUCCAAAGAGGCCACGAUCAACCUGUCUGUUUCUGAGAAGAGCCAGAACAAGCAGAAGGAGACUGAAGCUAUGGAUUGGGGAGCAGUGAAAGAAGACCGAGAAGAAAAUUCUGCAGGUAAUAUCUGUAGGGCUCCUGGACCCAGUCCCUCUUUACUGGCAGCCCUGCACUCUCUGGGUGAACACAGUGAUUACAUGCUAUUGCCCCACUCCUUACAUCAGAUAGCAGAAGCGUACUUCCUGGAAGAGGACUACCCAUGGGCGGUGCAGUUUCUGAGUUUGGAGCGACUCUAUCAUGAAAGAUUGCUCUCCAAUCUGGCCUCCCUGCAGAAAGAGUGGGAAUCGCAGUGGAAGAGUGACGCUGAUGCCAAAAGCAGCACGCCUUUAAAAACAAAGUGCACUGACACAGAGUCAAAGUGCAUGGACUCUCUGAGCCACAUCUGCAGAACACACCAGAGACCUACUCGCAGUGCGGAAAAGGACGUGGUUGACCUACCGCUGAAACAGAGCCUAAAGCAAAUGGCAGAGCACAGUGGAACUGUUCAAGAGACAUCUAUCAGAAACCCAGUCAGGACAGAGGAACAGACAGAGAAUAGCCUACAGCCACAGAGUGAAGAACAGGAGGAGGAAGAAGACGAGGAGGAGGAAGAGGAGGAAGAAGAGCUUCUGAAUGAUGACGGUUUGAUAGAAGAGCUACAGGAGGAUGCUGGAGAGGAACCUGUGUACAGGAAAGAACGAGACAAGCUCAUUCAAGUUAAAGAGAUGUUUCCUCCCAAUGGCCUGGUUUCCAUCUUAAAAAGAAGAGCGGGUCUAGAGGAAGACGAUUCUGCUAAUUGCUCCCCAUCCAGAAGCUCUGACAAACGCAAAGUCCGCUUCAGGGAAACAGAUGAUGAUAACGAUGAAGUGGGCGGAGCCUCUUGUUUGAUCUUUCUCCUCCUGUGCCUGGUAACUGUGGUGAUCAGCAUGGGCGGGACUGCACUCUACUGUGUUGUAAGCGGGGCGUAUUCAAACGUUUGCACAGAUUUCUCUCAAAACAUUGACUUUUACUUUGGACCUGUGCGACGCAGUAUGGUCUGUAUCACACACUGGUUUACUCCCAGCACAUCGUAGCCUCAUUUUACAAUACAAUGCAGAGGCAUCUGAUACAAUCAUAUUAAGACAACACACACUAACAUGACACUACCUUGAUGAGAUCACUGUUAUGCUGAGAAUGAUCCAUCAACCAAAUAAUGUCUGGCCUGCAGUGGUUGUAGAGUGGUUCCUUUCCAUUUAUGGACAGAGUAGAGGUGUAAAGCAUUGUGUGCAGCAGCAGCAGAUGGUCUGAAUUUAGUAACUGCAAACCUGCAGAGUAAAUCAGUAGGCUAUGGUUUGACUGCUACAAGGUGCGUUUAGCUAAUAAACUGGCAACUGGAAACACACUUUUAGAGUAUUGCCUACUGCCUUUAUGUUUUGAAAAAGCUGUAAAAAGGAUAUCUCUCUUUUUCCUUUAGGUCAGCUGCAUUUAUGCACAAGCCAAAGUGACCUUAACAUCAGUGAAACCACUGUAUAGAAACUGUGUUGAGAUAUACAGUAGGUUUGGUCUGAUUGUCUACAUUAUCUUUGUAGAAUUCACAGUAAAUGAACCACUAUCUGAUAGUGAGCAAUAAUUCUAUGCACUGAUGGCAGUUCAUUUACAAUUUACAGCACACAUUAUGCAAAUAGAAAUUACAUUCCUUAUUAAUUUAUUUACUGAGAAUAUAUCCAUAAUAAUAUUUUAACCCAACAUAUAGUGCUUUUUAGUGCUAGAUUUAUUUCUAUGAUAUACCCAUAUAUAUGUCCAAAUAUUUGCAGACACUGUCACUGAUGAGCUGUGUCUAAAACCAUGCCCUUUUCACUCUUCCCUACGUGUGUAAAUCCAGAUCAUUAUAUUAAAAUACUAUUAUAGGAAACAGAAUUUGACAAGUGAAUUUAGAAAUGUUAUGUACAACAGCAGAUGUGCAUUACACAAACAAUCUGAACAUCAGUCUUUCUUUUAGAGAAGCUGCGCUAGAGCACUGAAUACUAUGGGUUUUCCAUGCAAGAAGUGUAUUAUAUAGUGAACAGGACACAGUUUCAGUCACAGCUCAGGAGUUUUUUUUUCUUUUGCUGCAGUAAGAGCUUCUACUGUUCUCUGAAGUGUUUACACUAAAUGUUGAAACAUUGCUAUAAGGAUUUAAUUGCAUUCAGAAGGUCAGGUAGUGUUGCUGGACAGUAACUUCUGGUUCACAAUCAGCACUUUAACUCUUCUCAAAUGUACUGGCUGAGAAUACAAGCGUCACAUCUCCACAGCCCAAAUCUGGAGGGGCUUUACGCCCCUCUAGGCUACUCCAGCAUACCUCUGCUUUUUUAUUUAUGUAAAAUAUUUUACAAGAUGUAAGUUGAAGGCCUGCAGGAAGAGUGGGUGCACCAUAAUGUAGCUGAAUUUAUUUUAUACAUGGGGCAUCUGGAACUUUUUUGGACAUAUAGUGAAUGACUUGUUCAUUGAUUCAUUAAUUAUGCAAUUGAACAUAAGCACCAAACGCAGGGUGCUUAAAAUAACUGUUGCUAUGUUACAAAUGUAUGCACCUAAUUUUAAUGAUGCAAAUGAAUUAAUUGCUUCCUCUGCAGUCCGUUCUGGACACAGCAAAUAAUUGUAGCACGGCUGAGAGUAUAUUUUAGUGUUAACUGCAUCUUUGUAACAGUAGUGCUAUAUUUGUGUGUGUCAUAUGGGUAAAGGCUCCUUGUAAUUGAUAAAGACAUCCAGAAUGGUUUCUAUGUAUUUUUCUUUUUCUUAUCUGAAUGAUAAAGAUUUAUGUCAUCUGUUUUUAUUGUCCUGUUUUGUAUGAAUAAAAUCUGUUGUUCUUGAAAA